CCGCGGGCGCACGGUGGUGACGUCUGGGGUCCGCGACGCUUUUGAGAAGCUGAUCGCUGGGGUCCUGGUGACUGACCGGCGGGUCCCGGGCGCCAUGGCCUCCGCCGGGGUGGCCGCCGGGCGACAGGCCGAGGAUGCGUUACCGCCGCCGGCCGAGCCGCCGCUGCCCGAGACGAAGCCGCUGCCGCCUUCGCAGCCGCCGCCUCCGGUCGCCGCGCCUCAGCCGCAGCAGUCGCCGGCGCCCAGGCCUCAGUCACCCGCCGGCGUGAAGGAAGAGGAGAAUUACUCCUUUUUACCUUUGGUUCACAACAUCAUCAAAUGCAUGGACAAAGACAGCCCGGACAUCCACCAGGACCUGAACGCCCUCAAAACCAAGUUCCAGGAGAUGCGGAAAGUCAUCAGCGCCAUGCCCGGCAUCCACCUGAGCCCUGAGCAGCAGCAGCAGCAGCUACACAGCCUCCGGGAGCAGGUCAGGACCAAGAACGAGCUUCUGCAGAAGUACAAGAGCCUCUGCAUGUUUGAGAUCCCCAAGGAGUAGACGAGGCCGUCUUCCAGGAAGGCCUGGGAAAGAAGCGGGAGAGCACACGGCCUCCCUGACUCCCCCAGCCAGCGCCUCAGACUCCAGCUGCGAACUCUGUGACCCGGGGCUGCCGUAGCUGCUUCCGGAGCCGAACUUGGCAUCGACUGUGUGGGGAGCCAGCGCUCGGGCUCGGCAUUGUUGGGGCCUCCUUGUAGAGGGUGCGUCCAUAUGUCUAGAUGCAUAAUAACCGGAGUGCCUGCUGGUGGAAGGAAGACUGUUCCUGGAGGCUGGGGAGGGGGCCGGGGAUGCCGCCCCUCUUCUGGGGAGGGGGCCAUCUGCUGUGCAUUCAGGCUACGCGGGUAGAGCGCUGAGCGCAGGAGGAAAGGAGGCGGCUCCUCUUUGCUUCCUGCCCUCCCCCACCCUCUGCUCCCACCCCUGGGUAUACUGCGCCCCAGGUGCUCACUGUUCUGCGACAGCAGUGUCAUGAGACAUAGGCAUGGGAGUCCCUGGACAAGCUGGGUCUGCACCCCCAUGGCACGCAUUUCAAAUGCUGAAAGAAACCCGGCAGAGGAAGAAUAUUGUUUUGCAAGUCGGCAGGGUGGCUUCCUUCCUCUUCACCCCCCUGCCCCCCCAAAUACUUUGUUUCUUUUUUAUGUUUGAGCCAGUGAAUGGAUGGAACUGUGUCGUGGGGGGGUGUCAACCCAGGGGAGUGUCAACCCAGAGCCAGGCAGGCAGCCCCUGUCUCCAGCUUCUUUGCGGCCUACAUGUUCUUGUUACUUUUAGCUCCUGCUCCCUUUGUCUCCUGCCCCCUUCCGUCUGCUCAUCAGCCACUUCAUGCUGGAGGCUGACCAGACCCCUUUGGACCCACGCUGCUUCCCAUGGGCAGGAGGGCUCCAUCGUGUCUGCACAGGCUCACACCGGUUCCCAGGGGACCAGACCUUGCCUCUUAGCGGUUCAGAUUCCUGUUGUCCUGGUUUAAAUAACGAGUCUCCUCUCUGGCCUUCUCACUAAAGAGCCAGCCGCGAACCCUCAGGCUGCACCCCAGAUAGAGGUGAUCCUGAUGUGCCCUCGGUGACGGCUCCGCUCACCCAUCACCCGAGUGUGACAGUGCCGUUUGGGGUCCGUUCUGACACCAUGUGACAAACCACGCCUGCAGGUUCAACGGCCCAGUUCUGCUUCAUGAUGCCCCUCUUUUUUCCUCUGAUUUGUGUGCCUCUCCCUGGCCUGUCAGACCAAGCCCUUCCCCUCGCCUUUUCCUGUCGAGGCGAGAAGUAACUGCGUAUUGUUUAGGUCUCAAAAUGGGCGCAUAACCUGCCCAGACCAAGUCAGGGGCUUAACAGAUGCCUGUCGAUUGACCUCGUUGGCAGCAAGACCGGUCGGAGGUGUUGUUUGCAGGGGUUCCAUGUGUGCUGACCCACAGCCACCUGUCAGAGCGGGGCUGGCGCAGGGGGAGUGCGGGACGUGUGAAGGGGGGGAUCUGGUUUCAGUGGCUUCGGACAGAAGAGCGCGCUCUGAACUGAAGCGGACGGCUGCGCGGUAGGCCAGCUCACCCUGGGACUGUUAUUUAACUGAAUCAGUUAUGUCCUUGACAUUUCAGAGUCGCGUGGGGGCCGGUUUUAAGGCUCUGACCAAACUGGAACCACGAAGCACAUAGAGAUACAAGACCACCGGCCCUUCUGCAAGGCUGAAGACCUCUUCCUGGGGCUGAGGGAGACAGAGCCUUCCCUGUGCUCCACGCUUUGGACUGGUGACAUUCUUUGAGAGUAUAAUUAAAAGAACUUGUGCUCUGCUCUCAGGACA